ACUCAAAAGAUAGUUUGGUAAAUAUGAUAACUAGAUAGCCAAUAAAAUUACAAAAAAAUAUUUAAAUAGUAAAAAAUAUGUUAAUUUAACGUGUUAAAAUUUAAAAAUAAAUUUUAAUUAUGACAUGCAUUUUAACAUUUAUAUAAAUAUAUAUCAUAGCCUAAAUAUAAAUAAUUUAAUAAUUUAAAUUAGAAAAAAAAAUAAAAAUCCCGGGCGUAGCCCGGAUUAAUCCCUAGUAGAAACAAAAGUAUUGUUGUAUAUCCAAACUCUAUUUGUAAUGUGAAUCUUGGUGAUUUAAUUCGUACACACGGUUUAAAAAAGGUAAAAAAAGAUGAAAGGAGCAAUCAUGGCAGAUACAACACUUAGGCUUUAAAGGCCCAGUACAUUCUUCUUAGGCCCAAACAAUAUCGUCACGGACUCACGUGAGACGGUGAGAGUUUAUUCAGGUAAACGGCACUAGUUUUCGUUACGUAGCUACGGAACGGCACGUAGUUCCGUCAUCCAAUAGACGGAGAAGAUUAUUGAACCAUCCACUAAAACGUAGACCGGUCCCACACCAUAGCUAGUUAGCUAAGUUUGACUGUUUGAGACUGUUACCUUUACGGUGCACCAUCACACAGUGAAUUCUCACCCCUUCUCCAUUUCGUCUAUAAAAAAGGGGGAAGCAAAAGCAAACCGUUUAUUCUGUUAACUCCCUCCACUUCUCACCUGACUCCAUUGAUAGCUAACUUCUAGGGUUUUCUCAAGAUGUGGGGCUUCGAUGACUGUUGCAGUCGCUAUCAAACUAGCGACGGGUUCAUGUACAAUCACGUGACGAAGAAUGCUUCUCCGUCUUCUGAUGACAACUUGCAGAAGCUUGGCUUCGACCUUGACGUGGGCACCACGCAACAGAGUAAUGCUUCAUUCGAUGAUGCCACCGUCAUCGCUUCUAUGUCCGAUAGGUUGAGUCUUCUUGCGACAGUUAAGAAUCAGGCUACUGAGAUCUCAGAACAAAUAAAGGGACAAAUAAACAUACCCAACGUUCGUUUUGCUGCUUCUAUCUACAUAGCCUGUAGACAAAAUGGCAUGGCGUUGAGUAUAAAAGACAUAUCUUCUGUUGCCGAUGGAGCAAAACAGUCUAAGAUUACCAGUGCAGUCAGAUCCGUAGUUGACAAACUUGGCCUUCCUCCUCAGUUGAUGCACAUCCGAGCUGCUGAGUUUGCAAAGCGGUAUUCCACUGACCUUCAAAUGAAUAGCCAAGCCAUUAAAGCUGCUGAAGAAGCUGCAGAAAGGUGUACUGACCAUGUUAACAGGUACCUUCACUCUUUGGGCAGUUUCUGGAACUUCAGAUGUAAUAACCCUGAUUCUACUUACUGCAGAAGCAGAGCUCCGUCAUCAGUUGCAGCCACAGUCGUCUAUAUCAUUUCUCAACUUUCUUAUGAGAAGAAGCUGCUCAAAGAUAUUAGAGACGCCACUGGACUUCACGAAAAUACGAUAAAAGGAACAUACAAAGAUUUGUAUCCAUAUCUGUCAAGGAUAAUACCAACGUGGUUUGCCAACGCAAAUGACCUGAAAAGGCUUCGCAGUCCCUAGUUCUCUAUCCUACGAGGAUACAACAAGCUCAUCUCACGGAACGAAG